GCCGAAAAUUGUCUUUGCGUAUUCCACACUCUUCCUUCAAUCUUGUCUUCUAGCAGCAUAGCUCCAGUGUUGCAUCAACAACGGGACUUCUAUCAGCGACCUUCGUUUCAAAGCUGCUACUUAAUUGAUCCUUACCGCAAUCAAGAAGCAAAACAUGCACUUUCAUCUAGUCAACCUUACUGUGUACCUAUUUGCAGCAGGGCUGCUUACGACCAGCUCCUCUGCGCCACUGUCAACUGGGAGUUCAGUUGAACAAACGCAUGCCAAACGGCCUGAUGGCGGCGUAACAGGCUUUGGCCAGAUCAGUUCUCUUGUAAGAGCAGCAGAUGACGGUGAAAUUGAGCGAAGGGCAAUUAUCUCUAUCGAGGAGAGAGCGACUCCAAAAGCUCCGGCUGGCAAGCCAUCUCUAAGGCUCGAGUUCACCAAAUAUCCGUCCAAGAAGCAGAAAUGGACUCCACCGAGACCGAAGAAACCGGCCACAAAGCUCGCAAAGAGACAUACAUCCACCUCCGCCCUCGCAAAGAGAGCCAACAUCGACGUUGCCGAAGGUACAACGCAGCCUGAGAAGUCCACAGACGUGCUUCGAACCUGGCACGUAAUCAACUGCAUCGCGAUCGCAGCCUACGACACCGCCACAGGAGCAAAAGCCAUGGCACAUAUCAACGCCGUCAGCGCAACAGGAAAAGAAUACGGCGAGCAAUUUGGCAAAUUUGCAGACCCCAUUUUUGCAAGCUGGAAAGGCCCCGUGGAGAUCUGGGUUCGCUGGCCCCAUAAGACUGCUAUUCCCGCGGAUCGGGCGGAUCUGGCGCCGAAGCAGAAGGAGUUCGAGGAUAGCAUCAGAGUCUGGGUGGCGUAUAUGAAGGCUCCGCAGUUUAAGGUGUUUCAUCAGCAGGCGAAGAAAAGGGAAGGAGAUAUGGUUAUGACUGCAGAUGGAGAUGUCGCUGUGGAUACUUAGCUGCAUAUUACCCUAUUAUGUUGUCAUAGAUUAUGAUCACUUUCAUUGGGGAUUAUGGCGAUGGUCGAGAGCACAA